CAGGCAAGAUGAGCUGACAGAUGUUAUGAAAUGGGAAUAAGGCCACACAGCUCAGCACGUUUCUUACUGUGAUGCCGGUGGACUUUAUUCUACAUUAUGUUUUUGGACGGAAGUAGUUUUUAGUUUAGUUUAAUAAAUAUGCACCCACAGAUUUUAUGUAGCGGCCCAGCAGCGGCCGUUGCUGCCCGGAGAGUGCGGAACAUUCUGGGCGCCGUCCUGGGGAGAGACGGCUGGAUGUGGAGAACACAUGAGGUCAAACUACUCAACACAUCUUCAGGUGACACAGUGAAGAUCGGAGAAAUCUCUUACAAGCUCAAGACACCCAAGAACCCAGAGCUUGUUCCUGUCAAACACAUUUCAGACUCCCUGCCGCAGACAGUAGCCCAGCACCUGAGAUGGAUUAUGCAGAAGGAUCUUUUGGGACAGGAUGUGUUCCUCAUUGGUCCACCAGGACCCCUGAGACGAUCCAUAGCCAUGCAGUACCUCGAGUUGACCAAACGGGAGGUAGAAUAUGUGGCUCUGUCCCGGGACACCACCGAGACCGACCUGAAACAGAGGAGAGAGAUCCGCUCAGGGACGGCCUUCUACAUUGACCAGUGUGCUGUACGGGCAGCAACGCAAGGUCGAGUCCUGGUCCUGGAGGGUUUAGAGAAGGCAGAGAGAAACGUCCUGCCCGUCCUCAACAACCUGCUGGAGAACAGAGAGAUGCAGCUGGAGGACGGGCGCUUCCUGAUGUCGUCAGAAAGAUAUGACAAACUGCUGCAGGAUCACACCAAAGAGGAGCUGGACAGCUGGAAGAUCGUCCGUGUGAGCGAGGACUUUCGGGUCAUCGCUCUCGGUCUUCCUGUCCCCAAAUACAAGGGCAACCCGUUGGAUCCUCCUCUCCGCUCACGCUUCCAGGCCAGAGACAUCUAUUACCUUCCAUUCAAGGACAUGUUGGAGCUGUUGUACUCAGCAGGACCAAACAUCGCUGCUGAAAGGGUGUCCCAGCUGCUGUCUCUUGCCACUACUCUGUGCUCCCUGGAAUCCUCCAGCCUCGGCCUGCCUGACUUCCCGGUGGACAACCUGAUUCCUGCCCUCCACGUGCUGAACUCCUUCCCCAUGCUGUCCUCCCAGCAGCUCGUCAACAGACUUUACCCAUACAGCAGCAUCCUGGGCAAGGAGGGACGCACGGCUGUGGAGGGAGUGCUCAGCAGGUUUGAGCUCUUGGAUGGUCAUCGUCAGGCAGCAGCCAGCGCCAUCUUGAGCGUAUCCAAGACAACGGAUGUAGAGGGCCAUGCAGAUGUGACACUACGUAUGUCAGACAAAGACAUCACCUUCCAGGUCCCAGCGGGCCUCAAGGAGCUGCGUCCGCCCAACAGCAGCCCCACCUUCAUCAGCACGCCGAGCCACUCCCAGCUGCUCUCCGAGAUGAUGCAGUCACACAUGGCGAAGGACAUCUGUCUGAUCGGAGCCAAGGGCUGUGGCAAGUCAGUGAUUGCAAGAGAGUUUGCUGAGAUGCUUGGAUACAGCAUUGAGCCCGUCAUGCUCUACCAGGACAUGACGGCGAGGGACCUUCUGCAGCAGAGGUACACGCUUCCUAACGGAGACACAGCAUGGAGACCGUCUCCGCUCGUCACCGCUGCCAUCGAGGGAAAGCUGCUGCUUCUGGACGGCAUCCACAGGGUCAACCUGGGCACCCUGGCUGUGCUGUCCAGGCUGCUGCAUGACAGGGAGUUGGAUCUGUAUGAUGGGACCAGGCUGCUCAGGUGGGACAGAUACCAGACGCUAAAGGAACAACUACAGUUCACUGAUGAACAACUAAAAGAGAGAUCCUUUGUUCCCAUCCAUCCAUCGUUCAGGGUGCUGGCUCUGGCUGAGCCCCCCGUUGUGGGUGCUGGUACGAGCGGCGGCGGCGGCAGCAGAGGUCAGCAGUGGUUGGGUCCUGAGCUGCUCACCAUGUUUCUGUAUCACACUGUCACCCCGCUCGCCAAAGCGGAGGAGAUGGGCCUCAUUCAGGGACUGACUCUAAAUGUUCCAACAGAAGCAGCAGAGCAGCUGUUGCAUCUCACACACAGCCUCCGCAGUACGAAUGACCCCACAGCACAGUCUCUGGCCUCGUCUUUGUCCACCAGACAGCUUCUGAGGAUCUGUCGUCGUCUCUCUCAGUACCCCGAGGAGAGCAUCGCUCACGCUGUCAAUAAGGCCUGCCUUUCCAGGUUCCUACCCAGCCUGGCCCGUGCCUCUCUUGAAAAAAACCUCGCCAACAGCUCCAUCCAGGACUCUCCAGAUCUCAAUGAACACACUCGUGACUUCAGCUGCUCCAUAAAGGACGGCUUGCUGACUAUUGGUAAAGUUUCUGCUCCCGUCUACAACGCCAAGGAGAAAAUGAAAAUCCCGGACGUCCUCUUCUAUGAUAAUCCUCAGCACAUGAUGGUGAUGGAGGACAUGCUGAAAGACUUUCUCUUAGGAGAGCACCUCCUCUUGGUGGGAAACCAGGGCGUGGGUAAGAAUAAGAUUGUGGACCGGUUCCUGCACCUUCUGAACAGACCCAGAGAAUACCUCCAGCUGCACAGAGAUACAACUGUUCAGACUUUGACUCUGCAGCCGUCAGUCAGAGAUGGCAUCAUCAUGUACGAAGACUCUCCCCUGGUGAAGGCAGUGAAGAUGGGUCACAUAUUGGUCAUCGACGAGGCAGACAAAGCACCAACUAACGUCACCUGCAUCCUCAAAACCCUGGUGGAGAGCGGAGAGAUGAUUCUGGCCGACGGACGCAGAAUCAUCUCAGAUGCACGUGAAGCCAACGGGAGACUGAACACCAUAGUCAUGCAUCCAGACUUCAGGAUGCUGGUUCUGGCUAAUAGACCUGGUUUUCCGUUCCUGGGCAAUGACUUUUUUGGAGCUCUAGGGGACAUCUUUAGCUGCCAUGCUGUCGACAAUCCGAAGCCGCAGGCGGAGCUGGCGAUGCUGAAACAGUACGGGCCCGACGUCCCUGAUGCCACUCUGCAGAAGCUGGUGGCUGCAUUUGGAGAGUUGAGGUCUAUGGCCGACCAGGGCACCAUCACCUACCCGUACUCCACCCGAGAGGUGGUCAACAUCGUCAAACACCUGCAGAAAUUUCCCGACGAGGGUCUGGCCAACGUGGUGCGGAACGUCUUCGACUUCGACUCCUACAACAAAGACACGCGGGAGGUUCUGAUUGAAGCGCUGCACAAACACGGGAUUCCCAUCGGAGCCAAGCCCACGUCUGUCAACCUGGCUAAGGAGUUGCCGCUGCCAGAGGCCAGGAUGACCGGGUACUGGACGAUAAACCAAGGUGUCAACGCUCGCCGCAAACUGCUCUGUCCCACUGAGACGCACAUCAUAGACAUCAAGGGCCCCGUGUUUCUGCGUGUGCAGAGUUAUCCCUGUAACAGGCAGGAGAGCCGAGCGCUGAGCUUCAGCGAGGAGAAAGCUCACUGGCAGAUUCCCAUGAAUGAAGUCAACAUCAUCUGUGAUGUCACCACCAAAGACGACGUGAUGUUCGUGGCCACGUGUAACCCUGUGUCCCUGUUCUCCAUGAAGGAGCGCGGCGAGACGAUUCGGUGCAUGGAGCUCUACGACGUCUUCCCGAGGACCAUCAGCGGCGUCUGGCAGCCGUUUGUCACCGUAGCUCCUCUCGGGAGUCCUCUGGAUGGACAGGUGGUGCUGCACGAGGAGCAG